AUGAAGGUGCUUGUGGGCCCCGACCCUUCCCUGGUGUACCGGCCGGAUGUGGACCCCGAGGCCCCCAAAGACAAGGGCAGCUUCCGCAACUACACGUCCGGCCCGCUCCUGGACCGCGUCUUCGCCACCUACCAGCUCAUGCACAGACACCAGACGGUGGACUUUGUCAGGAGGAAGCACGCCCAGUUCGGGAGUUUCUCCUACAAGAAGAUGACCGUCCUGGAGGCUGUGGACAUGCUGGACGGGCUGGUGGACGAGUCGGACCCCGAUGUGGACUUCCCCAACUCCUUCCACGCCUUCCAGACGGCGGAGGGCAUCCGGCAGGCGCACCCCGACAAGGACUGGUUCCACUUGGUGGGGCUCCUGCACGACCUGGGGAAGGUCCUGGCUCUGGCAGGGGAGCCCCAGUGGGCUGUCGUUGGGGACACCUUCCCCGUGGGCUGCCGCCCCCAGGCCUCCGUGGUUUUCCGUGACUCCACCUUCCAGGACAACCCCGACCUUGAGGACCCUCGAUACAGCACGGAGCUCGGCAUGUACCAGCCCCACUGUGGGCUCGAGAACGUCCUCAUGUCCUGGGGCCAUGAUGAGUACCUGUACCAGAUGAUGAAGUUCAACAAGUUCUCCCUCCCCCCAGAGGCCUUCUACAUGAUCCGGUUUCAUUCCUUCUACCCGUGGCACACGGGCGGCGACUACCGGCAGCUGUGCAACGAGCGGGACCUGGCCAUGCUGCCCUGGGUGCAGGAGUUCAAACCCCCUCCAGGGCCCGACCCGGCCAGCUGCCUGCACUCCCUUCUCCAGUCGGCCUCACCCCGCACGCUGGGGAGCGCCCUCAGUGUGGGGGGACUCACUGGGCAAGCUCCAGCCCCCGGGGACCGGCUCCGCUCCCCGCCCUGCUGUGUCCCCUGGGACUGGCUCCGCUUGCUUGAGCCCCCAGUAGUCCGCCCUGUGCCAAGGAGGGGCGGGCACACCAUCCGCUCAGCCCUCGGCUGCGCCGCCCUCAGCUCUGCCGGGAUGAAGGUGCUUGUGGUGAGUGACCACGGUCAGUGGCAGGCGGCGGCCCCACGUGCCUUCCUGCCAAAGAGCUUCACCUUCCUGCUUGGGGCUGGCUGGGCGGUCGGCCCCGGCCCCCCGCGGGACUCGGCCGGAGAAGGCGUGCGGAUGCGCGCCACGGCAUCCCCGCAGGCGCCCGCGGCGCAUCCCUCGGGUUCCGGCCCGCAGAGGGUGCGGGGACCCCCGGCCUCGCCCGCGUCCUCGUGCCCUCGCGGAGCCGGCUUCGUGCUCAAGGGUCUCGCUCCCCACCCACCCCACCAGGGCCCCGACCCUUCCCUGGUGUACCGGCCGGAUGUGGACCCCGAGGCCCCCAAAGACAAGGGCAGCUUCCGCAACUACACGGGGGCCUCUGGCUCCCCCUACCCAACUCACACCCACACCCUGGGACCACCCUGUGCCACUCUGGCCUCCCCGAAACCCGGUGCUGACCCUCAGUGCCUUCCUGAGGAGACGCUAGCAGGGCAGGAAGCGGGCGGCCGUGGCGGCUAG